AUGUCUAGUUUCACUCCAGUUGACCUCGAAUUCACAAAGGCGUUACCGAAGGUCGAGUUGCAUGCCCAUCUGAGUGGCAGUAUCAGUCGCCAAUGCCUUCAUGAAAUAUGGCAGCGAAAGAAGACCGAAGACCCAACCUUCGCAGUGGAGGACCCCCUGGUACUUAUGCCCCCAGGAAAAGUCGACUUUACCCUGCAAACCUUCUUUUCAGUCUUCUCCAAACUCAUCUACCAGCUAUGCAAUGACCUCGAAAGCUUAAAAUAUGCAACAAACUCCGUCCUGGAAGAUUUUCUCGAUGAUGGAGUCCGCUAUCUGGAACUCCGAACAAUCCCUCGACCAUCCCCAGAAGCCAACAUAAGCAGAGAAGACUACCUAAACACUAUACUAGACACCAUCGACAAAUUCAAAGCCAGAACACAAGAAAUCGAAGCACGCGAGAUCAUUGAUCUCGCCAUCGCCAACAAACCGCGCGGGGUUGUUGGCGUCGACAUCUGCGGGAACCCGACGCGGGGCGACGUCACCCUUUACCAGGAUGCAUUCGCCCGGGCAAAGAGCCAUGGGCUUGGGCUAACGCUGCACUUUGCCGAGACACGCGCCUCGGGGACACCGGCCGAGUUGGCUACCUUGCUUUCUUUCCAGCCCGAUCGGCUUGGGCACGUCAUACAUGUCCCCGAUGAGUUCAAACGGGAGAUUAUCAGGCGCCGGAUUGGGCUGGAGCUAUGGUUUUUCUGCAGUCCGGUCUCGAAUGAGUAUCUUCUUGCUGCUCAGCAUUUUGGACUUGAUCGUACCGACUUGUUUGAUAUUGCGACAAAGUCAGUGGACGCAAUAUUCGGGGGUGCGCUAGAAAAGACGAGACUCAAGGAGAUGUUGACGCGAUUUGCGCUAAAUUGA